GCGCACGUGGAGAGCAAACUGCGGCACCGAAUAAACACGCAUCUGUGUUGACAUUUCAGCACAGCCUUCCCAUUCGCCCAGUUCGGAUACAUUUAUGUACACUUUCUUAUUAUUUUCACCAGAGCAAAUGGUACCAGAGGUAUUUUCGACAAGUUUUUCAAAAGACUCGUAAGGAAUAAAAGUCAAGCCGCCCCAAAAGACUGUUGAGCAUGUGCUUGGGACAACACUUACACAUUUAAAUUGGGACCUCUCUCCCGCAAAUUGAAAAGUUGAGCCAUUUAAGUAUGGUGGAUAAAGGUCCUCUAUUGACUUCUGCGAUCAUUUUUUAUCUGUCCAUCGGGGCAGCAAUAUUCCAAGUUCUCGAGGAACCGAAUUGGAAACUUGCUGCAAAACAGUACAAUGCACAAAGGGAUAAAAUACUAGAAGACUACCCCUGUCUCACCAAAGAUGACUUGGACAAGAUUUUGGAGGUGGUGUCGGAUGCUGCCGGACAAGGUGUCACCAUCACUGGCAGCAAGACUUUCAACAACUGGAACUGGCCCAAUGCUGUCAUAUUUGCUGCUACUGUCAUCACAACUAUAGGUUAUGGCAACAUUGCCCCCAAAACAUCAGCAGGACGGGUGUUCUGCAUCUUCUAUGGGCUCUUCGGGGUGCCACUCUGUCUUACCUGGAUCAGUGAGCUGGGGAAGUUCUUUGGAGGCAGGGCCAAGCACCUGGGCCAGUACCUUACCAAGAGAGGAGUUUCACUGCGAAAGGCCCAGUUCACUUGCACAGCCAUCUUUGUCCUUUGGGGUGUACUGGUCCAUCUGGUCAUCCCCCCAUUUGUAUUUAUGUCUCAAGAGGGUUGGACCUAUGUGGAGGGCUUGUACUUUUCCUUUGUCACCUUGACCACGAUUGGCUUUGGUGACCUUGUAGCAGGUGUGGAUCCAAAUGCAGACUACCCUACUCUGUACCGUUACUUUGUGGAGGUGUGGAUUUACCUGGGUCUGGCCUGGCUCUCCCUGUUUUUCAACUGGAAGGUGCGCAUGGUCGUGGAGGCCCACAAGGCUCUGAAGAAACGACGCAAGCGGCGCAAGCUCUCCCUUGACGAGCUGAGGCACUACAAGGAGAGCCACAAGGCCCUCCACCUGCCGCCCACCGCCAACGACGUUAACAUCUUCAGCUUCCUGUCCAAGAAGCAGGAAGGCUACAACGACCUCAUCAAACAGAUUGGUGUCAAGACAGAUGGUGGCGGGGUCCACUGUGAUGGUAAUGAUGCCAGUAACAAGGCCAAGGAGGCGAACCGCUCCCAGAGCUGCAGCGACACGGUUACCUGCAACGGCAACACUAUCCUCAGCCUGGACCGCUCACCGCGGCAGAAGCGGCGCUACAGCUUCAGUGACCGCGUCACCGUGGCCUUCUCAAAGUCCAAGAACUACCUCCUGGGCUCGGAGAACGGGAUGCUGCUCACAGAGGACCAUGGGGAGGGUGAUUUGGACGGGGACCAGGAGAGGAUGUACGAGAACCAACUGGACAAAGAGGUGGACCAGGAGAGCGGAGGUGGCGGCCUGGGCGGUGGUGGAGGUGGAGGUAUGGGUGGCCGACGGCUGUGGGACUCCAAAGAGUACCAGUCCCUGAUCUUCCAGAAUGCAAACAUCACUUUUAUUGACGAGGAGAACGUCCUCAACAACAACCUGGAGGAUGAGGACGAUGAUGCUAAAGCCAAGCUGUCAAUCACCACGUGCGACGAAAAUGUAGAGUCGGAGACUGACUCCAAAGAGGAGCAGGGCUCUGAAUCAGAAGAGUCCGUGUUCACCAGCGAUGGAUCAGAACAUGACCAUUCUUAUGAGAAGCUUGUGGAGGAAUAUUCAAAGGAGGACAACACAGAGUCCUGAGGAACUGAACUGGACUUGACUGAACUAAACUUGGAAUAAUUCCUCAUUUGUCAUCGCUAUGACAAAAACAUUUUUUACAAUUUAAGGCAUUGCCACAUUCUCGUUGAACUUGGAUCUAAUGAAGGAGAAAUCUUUUAAUAUUCUGUUAAAAUCAAAGACUGUGAAAUGAACAUUACAGGUUUUAUGUCUAUCACUCUGGUGCAUUUUUUUAGAUGUAAGUGGUAUAUUGCCCGUGUCUUAUGUUCAAAACCUUUCAUUGGAGUUGAACACAUCUUUCAUCUCCGAGUCCUGGAGUCUUUCAUGCAAUUUUUUCUCAAAAACCAUGAGAACAUUUUGCUUAGUCACCAAUACAUCAGAUAAUAACAGGCUCACCGUUUAGUCAUUUUAACUAACUUUUAAUCCGAUAGCAGAAAAUACAUUGUACAAUUUUCAAAACUGAUAUUUUUGAAGUGCUGAAUCGAAGGAAUAAUAGAUCGUAUUGAAGAAUACUGGCUGAUGAAGGAUGACAAUGGACAAUGUAGUAACUAGGCACUAUACGCUUUUGUUUCAGUAGUCUUCAGUUUUGAGCAUGUUAAUUCGGUUAUAGUUAAAUUAAGAACUUACAAGAUAAUCAUAUAAAAAGUAAUGAUAAGCAGAUACUUGGAGUGGACAAGUGACUGUGAAUUUUUUUGUAAAUGCACUUUGUAAACAGCCAUUUUGAUGAAAUGUUUAGAUUUUUGUGCUAAGAAUUGUGAAAGAUGCUUUUGAAAAUUGCACCAGAGUGAUUGAAAAAGACGAACAGUCUUCCCUCAAACGAUCAAAUAAUGUGCCAACCUCUGGUUGGUUGAGUGUCUAUGUUAAACAAUGAGUUUAUGAACUUAUUAACUCCUUCUGGUUAUAGACUGAAUGGAGUGACACCUAUGGACUCAUUGUCCUACAUUAAUUCACUACUGUUUUCAUAAGAUAUGAUCGUCUAACAUUUGUUUGAAACAAGAUUGAGUUUUUCAAUCAAUUUGAGAUGAUGCCUUAGGUUAAAGGUCUUAGGUCUUUUGCUCAAAGGUUAAUAGGAAAUAGCAAGGGUGAAUACAUUUUUCAGAGGA